AUGGAUUUUGUUAGCUCAAGCCUUUGUUUUGACAAGAUUGGAUCGGUUAGGCAGGCGAUGGACCAAAUAUAUUAUAAGCUUAGAACUCUGUGUUUAUAUAGCUUUGAUCUUCACCUUUAUUCUCAGUUUUCUUCCUACAGUGGUAUCAGAAGCCAGGCUGCAAGACUUUCUAUGGCCACUGCUGAGGAUUACAUGGAAGAUUACGAGAUUAAAGUUCCUUUCCAGUCUCUUGAAGCUCUAGGGUGCCAUGUUGAUGCAGUUUGCCCCAAAAAUAAGGUUGGUGACACCUGUCCAACUGUUGUGCAUGAUUUUGAAGGUGAUCAAACAUACAGUGAAAAGCCAGGCCAUGAUUUCGUAUUGACUGCUAAUUUCGAAGGUUUAGACGCAUCAAGUUAUGAUGCUCUUGUCAUCCCCGGAGGACGAGCUCCAGAGUAUCUAGCACUGGAUAAGGAAGUCAUUGCCAUAGUGAAGCACUUUAUGGAAGCCAAUAAGCCUGUUGCAUCUAUCUGCCAUGGCCAACAAAUUUUAUCUGCUGCUGGGGUCCUGCAGGGGACGAAAUGUACUGCAUACCCAGCUGUAAAACUUAAUGUGGUUUUAGCAGGAGCAACUUGGUUGGAACCUGAUCCGAUCGAUCGUUGCUUCACAGAUGGAAAUUUGGUGGCUAGAGCAGCUUGGCCAGGGCACCCUGAGUUCGUUGCUCAGUUGAUGGCAUUGCUUGGCAUUAAAGUAACAUUUUAAUUCUCAUUUUCCAUUGAAGCCAUCUUCAUCUACUCAGUACUUUUUUCUUGCUUGCUAACUAUAAUUAAAAUUUUAGUCUUGCUUCUUUUAC